AUGGUUAACCAUUUCCCUUCAGAAACCAAAAAGAAACGAAAGCCUUGGAUAAUCCAAGUAACUUAAUUUGUAUAAUUACAGGAAGACAAGCUAUUAAAAAAAUUAGUGAAAAAAUUCUAAAAUGAAAGGUUAGCAUGGAAGAAAAUUUCUUAAGCUUUAAAAUCACAUGGGUUUAAUCGGGAUACGAAAGCUUGUCGAGAAAGGUUUUCGAAUCAUCUCGAUAGACGCUAUAAUAAAGCCAAUUUAACAGACAAGGAAAUUGACUAGCUUUUUGAGUUGAUUGAACUCUAUGGGAAUAAAUGGGUAUUUAUUUGAACCUCAAUUAGACUUUUAUUGCUGAAUAACUCAACAAUAGAACAGAUUAGGACAUAAAGAAUAAGUUUUAUGCUCACGUCAAGAAAAUUAUUCGUCGAUUGAUAAAAGUUGCUUAUUAAACAACUGAAAGUAUUUAUUUUCAUCAAUUAGGUUCUUUAAUCAUUGCGAAAAUCCAGCCCCUCUUGAUUUCCAGCAUUUAUUGUCAUGAUGAUGAAGAUAAUGAUAAAAUAUUAAAGAUUGAUGAUUAGAUGAAGGCACUUUUUAAAUAGUUAAUUCGGAACAAUAAAAAAAUACAAGUUGGAGUCAAAGUUGAUGACUAAACAAUAGAUUAGGUUAAAAUAAUAAUGAAUUACCUUGGGGAGUAAAAGUAAAUUAUAUUUAUACUUAGUGAUAUAUAUAUAGAAAAAAAGGUUAACAAACAGGCAUAGAAGGUGUAACUUAUGAAAUUGAAAUACAAGAGAACAUUUAAACUGUAACAAGGUUUAGAUAACUAAUAAAAAAUAAUCGAAAAGAUUUAAAAGAAGAAGCCUAUAUUUACAACAAAGAAAGUCAAAAUUGAAAAAUUUCAAUUCACUGCUCCUCCACCACCACAAAUGGGAUAGACACCUAUACCUUAUUUCUAGUUUAAAUCAAUAGAAAAUAUGUAUAGUUGUUAAUCAUACAUUCAUCCUAUUAUUUCCACUCCCUCCUUUUAUUGGGGACAGACCUAAAAUAUCUUUUCAAUUGAUCCCAUGCUCUCAAAUGUAAUUGAUUAGAAUUAUUAUAGAGUUUCUUGUUUGGAUUUCAAGGCAAUUAAAAUUCAUAUGGAAUAUGGUCAGAUAAAUAUAGAGUGACUCCAGAUUGAUUAUAAUAUUUAUAUA